UGUCAUUGUAAAAUUUUAUCAGUCGUCUAUGAAAUUUGUUGUUAUUCGGUAAUAAUAAUUUAAUGCGGGUAUUUGCUAAUUCAAUGAAUAAAUAAAAACACUACCUUAGCUGCAUAGCUGCAGCUGGACAUAAUUAAAGCUACGGAAAAACAUCCGCAAAAGGAAACCGUGUGCUGUGGAAAAAGGUUAAUUGGAAAUUGAAAGUUUUCGGGGUGAAAGUGUGUGUUGAAAAUUUAUCUUUCAAAAGUGAAAAAUAAUUUGCAUACAUUCCAUAGCAGCCAAGUUUUAAAGAAUUAUUGUAUAUCAGUAUAAUUUGAAUUCACCUAAAUAUCUGUUUAUUUAUCUAAGGAGUUAUAUCUUCACACAAUUUAUGGCGAAUUUGCAAUAAUACAAAAGUUUUUGUCAAAUUUACUUUGUAACACCCGAGUUACAGCCAUCGAGCUAUUACAAAUAAUAGCAAACUCCAAAGUUCCAAAAUAACGGAGGCAAAAGGUGACUAAACCGUGAGAUACCUGAAAAUAUGCGCUUCAAUAAGCAUGGUUUAGCGACUUUAGCCACAAACCCUACAGUAAAAUUUGAAAAGGAAGGACUUUUGAUAAUAACGGAGCGUCAAGAGGGCUUUUUUCGUCGUGCAGAUGUAAAUUACCCGCGUUGGUGUAAGUUACGAGGUAAUUUGUUAUUCUACCUAAAGGAUCACGAUGCUCAGUCACCACCAGCUGGUUUACUCGUGCUUGAAAACUGUCGACCAUUGAUACGAAAUGAAGAGCGCGAAUUUGAUGGUUUCGCAUUCAUUUUAGAAUUCGAAGGCAGUCAACCGCAACGAAUCUCUACACGUACGGCCAAAGAGCGCUUGGAGUGGGUGAAGUGCAUUCAGUUAGCGUCCUAUGCUUAUUUAGAUCGGCAAAUUAAAUAUUUACAAGAUCAAAUUGCUAUUAAAAUGGGCAAUCGCAUCGAGAGUGGUGUGUCACCGGCGAGCACAUUUACAUCAGCCACCGAUGCAUUACUUUUGAAUAUGACAACCAAUGGUGGAGGCGCUGCUGCACUGACAGUGCCAACAACAAAAAGUUCAGCAUCGAUCAAAGUGAAAGAAGACCUCAGCGAAAUACCAAUUUGUGAGUCUGCCUUAUCCUGUGAUAGUCUGCCGUGUGGCGAUCACGGACGACUGCCGAAUACACGCGUCGUCUGUUCAUUACUUUCGGUUGGUAAUACAUGGCGUGAUUUUGCGCGUACCGAAAUCGUCGAACGCUCUGCGAAUCCGCAAUUCUUGUGCACUAUGCGAUUUAAACGAAGUGAUGGCUUCUCAGCAGACACACUGUUGCGUUUUACAGUCUAUGAUGUACGCGAACGCUUGUCACACACCGCUGUGCCACUUGCCUACGCUGAAGUGGCUUUAGGUGUCAUACAAGAUGCUACUCGCUUUCGUAUUCCACUGCGUUCGUUGGACGGUGAGGGUGGCUUUAUAACGAUCGCCUCUUGGGCUCCGGAGACAGAUCGACAAUCGCCACCACGUUCCACUACGCAGGUGUUCGAAGAGCACACGAAAGGUAUGUACCGGUGUUUACUUAUUCCCAAUUUUAUUCAAUUAUUACCAAAUUUUUGUUCCCUAGGCCAUCGACGUUCGCAGUCUCUGCCACCUAAAUUGGGUGUGAAACUAUUUGUACCUUUUCAAGGCCUUCUGCAAGUAGUAUUCGCAAAUCCUUUGAUUCACACAUAUCGUUUACACUCAGGUAUGGGAGGCGACAUCAGUGUCCACGAGACACUGCUCGAAAGCAAAUACAGCUUUACAAUACCUCAACAAUUACUCUCUAUAUGGAUAUUGCGUGAAAAGGAAUUGUUACAAGAAAUCUCAGGUAUGGGUGAAUUAGGUGGCGAAUGGCGACGACGCCAAAUGGAUCUACUUGAUAAACAUCUAAAAUUACUGAAAGAUUAUUCGCAGGCGAAACAAAAUCUACAGCAGAUUACCAAGGAGGAAGGUCCGUACUUCAAACGUUCUUCCGUAAAGACUGAUGAAUCGCUUGAAUUUAUACCAGUCAAUUUGCAUUUGCAACGAAUGUGGGCACAAAAUGACACCUUGAAUCGAUCUGGUGUUCUUGACAUUAUUACGGUUGGUGCAUUUACACGCCAUGCUGGAAAAGGACGUACUGGAGGACUUAUAAAGUUAUUACAAGAAACCAAAGAUUCGCCAUCGAAAUUCGAACAGGGCAAUGCAUGCAAAGUUCAAGCCGCCAACGAUGCCGUACAGGCUAUAAAGCAGUUGCGUAAGGAGAUCGUUGAAAUAAUGUCACAACUACUGUCACUUGCCAAGAGUAAAAACCCGAAAGGUAUGAUGCCUUUGUGCAAUGAGAUGAUUACGAAAACCAAAACUUUACUGAAUAUAUGGGAACCAAGUUUGGUAGAGGAGGCUUUCGCAUUUGUUGAACAGCACCGUAUCAUUGAGGAACCUGACAACGUAUUGAUGCCCAUGUCACCAUUUCGAAAAAUCACUCAACAACUCUGCGCUCUAAAUUUGAAAUCGCCUGAACUGGAAGAUUUUGCGACACCUAUUGUCGCUCCACCAGACCUCUGGCCUCGCACUAAGACCCCCACAGGUUUCGCCGGUUGUGCUGGUCGCCCAUUAGUACGCUCCAAUAGCCUUUGUCUACGGCCGUCACCCUCGACGAUGGACAUAAAUGCCAUACAUGCACUACAUCGCACCGUAAAAAGUUACAACGAACAAUUACGCAAUCGGGCGGAAAUCAAAAACAUUGGAACUGGUGUUGGAAGUGAUUCAGAAGCGGAAGCUACAUUCCAAUCUUUACCAGUACAUCUGAAUGACCCCACAACCGAUAUUACAUUUACUGAAAGCCAUUUUAGCACUGCAGAUGGUUUAAAUGCGAACAUCAACACUGAUGUUUCAACGCUUCAAUUAAUUGACCUAGACGAUGUUGAUAUGGAACGGUUGAAUAACGGAAGUCACAUUCCCUCUUCGCAUACAUCUGUGCCACGCAAUUUCGAUACACAAUAUACAACGCACAUAGAUUCUGAGUUGGAUGUAGAUUAUAAUGCUACCGCACAUCAACAUGGCAGUUUUCUCGAUACAAAAAUUAUGAGUUCUUCCCCAUCGGCUAAUUACUAUCGACCCACAGAGGAGCCUGAGCCUCUCGAUUUAACGCAAUUAAACAUUGAGGCAAGUGUUAUGUGUCUCGUGAGUAAAAUUAAGUUCCUCUGUGGACGUUGUGGUAGUCCAGCAAUACGUCUGCGACAUCCGAAGCCUAAUAUGAAACGAACGGGAUUCCAACACUCUCCCGCACCGCCAGAUCUUGUAGCUAGUCAAAAUAAUAUUGGAGAAAUCGAAGAUAGUGGCAUGGCUUCAGAAGCUAAUGAUGAGCAGGCGGGUGUUACCAAUGGUAAUGGGCUGAACUUAGACCUCACAAAAAAUGUUGAAGCGCUGGAGCAAAGCAAAGAACAAGAUCAUCCAUCUGUGACCAAUAUAGAAGGUAUCGCGCCACCUAAAAAAGGAAACAAAUUCACGGAUGGUCUCGACUUGUCGCUUACCACAGAUUGGGCUUCCGAGUUGCGCCCCUCGAUGCGAAAAUUACGACACGCCAUGGAUGGGUUACUGAAAACAGCGCGUCUAAUGCAUUCCGUGCAACGUCUACAGCAGGAUAUGAAACGCAAUAGUAUAAAUUUAGAAAUUAUGUAUCGGCGUGAUGUGUGCUUUUCACAAGCGUUGACCGCUCUCAUUGCUGCACUAAUGGCCAAACUAUGGGGCACCGAGAUAACCGAAAACUAUAUCAAGAUACUCAGGGAUUUAGGACCACUAGCAUAUUUCGAAGGUUUGCUUUCACUGUAUGGCAACGAAACGGACAUGUGGGGCGAUAUGUGCAUCGCUAUUGAGGAUCUUUCUGCAGUGAAUUUUACGCUAAUGCGCAGUAAUACAGAAUGCGAUGUGCACACGCCGAUGCCGAUGCCACGAGUCACCGGUUCGAGGCAAUCACUCAAUGUUUUGCUACCCGUGCCAGAGCAUGUGUAUGCUGUGAUGCCAAUACAAGAGACGAUCACCUUCAAAUUAACACCGGUAUUCUUCAAUAUCGGCAUCAAUGAAAAAGCAACAUUAGCGGAAACAUUGGGCCAAACACGUGAACAACACCGUUCGAAUUGGGACAAUUUUGUGCGUCUGAAACAGUAUUAUAGUCGUUAUCGUAAGCUGCAACUCGUUACGCCAGAUACACCAAGCAAGCAUGAACCCCAUCCCCCGGCAACGCAAGCACUCACUAACAUACUCAAUUUUAUGGAGGAUCAGUUGCGUUCAAAUGUAUCAAAGAAUGUGAAAAUUUUGCAUUUAGCCGAAGAUGCGUGUCGCCUAAUGUCUGGCUUGCGUUUUACCUCAUGUAAAAGUGCCAAAGACCGUACUGGCAUGUCGGUGACGCUGGAACAGUGUCGAGUGCUCGUGCAAGAGUUUAAUUUGCCAGCCAAAAGUGUACCCUAUGUGCUGAGCACUAUGCGCAGCGAUGGAACACGUAUGGAUAAUGUCUUUAAAAAUAUUGAUAAGCGCAAAUAUGCGUUCAAUUUGCCACAGGUUUUUUCAUUGCCAGCAAUGUAUCGACCACCAGCUGGCUCCUACGGCAAGGCAGAGACCUAAACGCAUUAAUGACAUUUUAAAUACUUGAUAAAGCAAAAAGUAGUAUCAAAGUCACCAAAGUAGGCAGCAAAUUGUAAUAUCAGCAUAUAUUAGGAUUCACAUAUUUAAGUAAGAGCCUCUAUUAACCUCAUAUUGUGGAAUUUGA